AUGGUUCUCGGCCUGGGGCAGCCGGAUGUCGCUCAGGCGCUCGACAACCGGGCGGAUGUGACUGACACGCUGUGUGCGACUGUAAGCCAGGGCAAGUACGCUGAGGCUGAGCCACUGUACGAGCGGUGGCAGGCGAUAUUCGAGACGGCCUUGGGUCCAGAGCACCCGAAUGUGGCAACAGCGCUCAACAACCGGGCGGGGUUGUUGGAGGAUCAGCGUCGCCAAACGAAUUUCUCUCCUCCGCUUCCCGUCACAUUCCAGGGCAAGUACGAGGAGGCUGAGCCUCUGUACAUGCUCUCGCUAGCUAUUGACGAGAAGGUUUACGGUCCUGACCACCUGGAAGUCGCUGAAGACCUCAACAACUGCGCGGGGUUGUUGAGUAUCGAGGGCAAGUACACUGAGGCCGAGCCGCUGUACGAGCGGUGCCAGGCGAUAUUCGAGACGGUCUUGGGUCCGGAGCAUCCUGAUUUGGCAACAGCCCUCAACAACCGGGCUAGGUUGUUGGAGAGCCAGGCGCUCAACAAGCGGGUGGGCGUGGAAGGAAAAUGUUUGUGUUUAUUCGCGACCAGUUAUAGACCCCACUUUGUUUGGCUAAACUAUGAAUACAUCUGCCAGGGCAACUACGCUGAGGCCAAGCCGCUCUAUGAGCGGUCACAAGCCAUACGAAAGAAGGUGCUGGGUCCGGAUCACCCAGACGUGGCAACUGUCCUCAACAACCGGGCGGGGUUGUUGAAAAUCUUGUUGAGCCUCGAGAACCCCGGUGUGGCCCAGGCGCUUCACAACAGCACGGGUGUUUCAUAA